CACAGCACACACAGCUGCACAGCAUCACACACACACACGCACAGCGUCUCUCAGUGCGCAGCUUCACCUUCAUCUCACACACAGUCAAAACUGAAGAUGGGAAAAAUUAAUGGAUGCCUGAGAUGUCUCUUUAUCUUCUUCAAUGUGGUGUUUGCAAUCAUAGGAGGUUUGCUGAUCUUCGGGGCGGUGAAGUCCACUGCCUACAGCAGCCAGAUGUCGAUGGUCGGGGGUCCGAGCCUGGGUUGGGGUUGGCUGUUUGCCAUCGGCGUCCUUGGCAUCUCCUGCCUGGGAAUCUAUGCAGGAUCCUCCGAGAAAGAACUCGCCCUCAAGAUAUUUGGAGGCUUCAUGGUGGUUGGAAUGAUCAUCAUGAUGAUCUUUGGCAUCAUUACCGUUGUCACAAGAAACAAGGUCAAAGAUGCGCUUCAAAAUUCUGAGAUCAUAAAGCCCUUCUUGGCAGACGAGCAAAUGAGAGCGCUGCUUGAUACACUACAGAAAAGUGUCAAAUGCUGUGGUGUAGCGAGUGUCUCGGACUGGGGUGAUCAAAUCCCGCAGAGCUGUGAGUGCAGCUCUCAAAGUGGAAGUGGAAGUGGAUAUGGAGGAUAUGGAGGAUUUGGAGAAUAUGGAGGAUUUGGAGGAUAUGGAGGAUAUGGAGGAUAUGGAUGUAAACCCAAACCUGCGGAUGUCAGCGGCCCAGACCAAAUCUAUGAAAAGAGCUGUGGUGAAUUCAUCUUUAUGUCAGUCAACUUCAUGUUGAAGAUACUCAUGGGCUUCUUCUUUGGAUUUGCUGUCACCGCACUGAUGGGCCUGCUGGUCACCAUCCUGAUGUACCAUCAGGUCAAACGUCACGACAGCGCCGGAGGAGCGUCGAUGGCCAUGAAGAGCUAUUAAAAGAAACCCUCCACCCCUGACCACUCACCUUUAACCUCAGCACUGUAACACGAGGACUCUGUGGUCAAUACUCAACCUUUUCAUCUUUACUUUUUUACAUAUCUUCUGGCUUUGAAGACAGCGGUCAUGCAGGAAGUGCUGCCUCGCAGGAGUUUUUUUACUUCCAGCUUUUUAUUGUAGAGAAUAUUGCUUGAUUAGCAAACAUUAUUUUUUUUCUGAAUCAUUAUAUGUCUUUUGUGUUAUUUGAUGUUAUGCAGUAUUAUCUUAUCUAACAGAGGAAUAUUGUAGAAAAAGAAGGCUUCAUCUAUGCUCUGCGUUCACAACAUCUGAUUACAGCUUUAAGAACACGAGGAGGUUAUAACAUCCAUUGAUUUUAAAAAGCAACAGUAUAAUAGUUUCCCAUGUUAAGCACUGGUAAAACCAGAAUAUAGCUCAGUGAAGUUAAUUUAUGCAUCUUUGCAUAACUAGUGGUGCUAGAAGCUUGGUGCAUUGACAACUUGUACAGUUAGUUGGUAAACUGUUUAGCCUAGCUUAGCACAAAAACAGCCUAGCUUUAAAACUCUUGUUGCACAAAUUGCUAGUGUAAAACUAUCCCGUUAAUCCAAUCAGAAUCUGCACUGACAAUAACUUUCUGAAUUAUAUCUGAAGGAAUUACCAAAAAAAAGUCACCAACAAAAUGUUUUAAAUCUCCUCGGGUUAAAAUGAGCAGGUCACAAGAACUGUCUCCUGUCUGUGUGUUUGUGGAAAAACUUGCAUAUUUUCCAUGGAUACAUGUAUGUCUAUUACAUUACAGUUCAUUUAGCUGACGCUUUGUCCACAGUCAGCUAACAAUCAUGGGGAUACAACUCCGAACAGCAAGAAUCUUGUAAGUACAAUAGCUUCUAUGUAAGGCGCUUCAACGACGCCAGGAAGUUGAAGACAUUUUUCCACAUGGCUAAAAGGCAAAUCCUAACAAUCUCAAAAAUCUGUAAAAAAAAAAGGUUUUCUUUCUUUGGAGCAGUUAACGUUUGGAAAAUGUAAAUCCCAGCAACCCUUGCAGCACUGACAACUAAAAUUAGAACAUAUGCUAUGUAGAAAAAGCAUCUGUUUCGGUACAAUUAUUCAUGUAGAGGCCAAUAUAAGAUACAACACAACUACAGAGCUUUAUUGAGGAUGUGACAAACCAAAACUGCUCAGGGUUUUCAACCAUUUAUCAAAUUGAAUUGAAGACAUAUACUGUGACAGGAACUGUUUUAUUGUGAAAACUGCACUCGUAUCAUUUCAGAAUAAACUUUAGAGACUGAUUACACCA